CAGUAGAAAUGGGUCCAUUGUCCUCUAAAUGGAUUCAAAACCUUUUUCUGUAAAGACACGAUCCGCCUCUGCCGCUCCUCUCUCUUCUUCUUCUUCUUCUUCUUCUUCUACUCUCUCUGUGUAAAAAACAUGGAAGAUCAAUACGGCAUGGCCGAUCUGCGCCACUACAUCGCCGGCCGCCCUUUAUUCCCCCAAAUCCAGUCUCCUCCGCCGGACUUGCUCUCCACCCACCCUUACGACAUGCUCAUCUUCACCUCCGCCAACAACAACAACAACAACAACAACUCUGGCGCCGUAGGGAACGCCUUUGAAAGCGGCGGCGCGGGGAGAUGGCCGCGGCAGGAGACGCUGAAUCUUCUGGAGAUCAGAUCGAGACUGGAUCCCAAAUUCAAGGAGGCCAACCAGAAGGGCCCCUUGUGGGAUGAAGUCUCAAGGAUAAUGUGUGAGGAGCAUGGCUACCAGAGGAGCAGCAAGAAAUGCAGAGAGAAAUUUGAGAAUUUGUACAAAUAUUACAAGAAGACUAAAGAAGGCAAGGCUGGGAGACAAGACGGCAAGCACUACAGAUUUUUCCGGCAGCUCGAAGCUCUCUACGGCGGCACCGAAGCUAACAAUAGUUCAGUUUCAAUAUCGGAAGGUCAUCACACUUUCCCCAACAAGACGGCGGCAACCGACACGAGCCUCAGCCUCUCCAAUUACUCGGACGCGGACACGAGCUCUUCGGACGAGAGCGACGACAUGAAGAAGAGCGGGUGGAAGGUCAAAAUUAGGGAUUUCAUCGACGCGCAGAUGAAGAAGCUGAUGGAGAAGCAGGAGGCGUGGAUGGAGAAGAUGAUGAGGACGAUCGAGGAGAAGGAGAGGGAGAGGGCGAUGAGAGAGGAGGAGUGGCGGAAGCACGACGCCGCCAGGAUCGAGCGAGAGCACAGGUUCUGGGCCACCGAGCGCGCCUGGAUCGAAGCCCGCGACGCCGCCUUGAUGAACGCAUUGCAUAAGCUCACCGCGAAAGAGAGCCACAGCGAAGACUGGCCGGAGUGCGAAAUCAACAAGCUGAUCCAGCUGACGGCGGCGAUGGAGGGGAAAUUCGAUGAGGAGAUGGUUUGGGAGGAAAUCGCGGCGAAGAUGGGGUGUUUUGGGCAUGAGAGGAGCGCCGCGGCUUGCAAGGACAAAUGGGAAAGCAUCCAUAAUUAUGUGAGCAAGAAGAGAAAAGAUAACAAUUAUCAAAGCCAAAUUUACUGUGAGCAAGGCUUGAACAAUGAUCAUGGAAGCUCGUCCGCGGCCGCGACGACGGGCAUCAGCGAGAGCUGCUUUAGGUACUUCAUGGGAGAUGCUUAUUGAUUGAUGCGCUUCUAGCAGUAGACGAACCGAUCUAGCUACAUAAGGUUAGUUUGAAGACCUAAUUGCUGCUGCUUGUUUGUUCAUCACUUAAUUUGUAGCAAUAAUGAUUUAAGGCUUUUGAUUAUGUGUUUUUUGGGGGGGGAGGAUGAAUGGUUGAAUAACUAUUGCGAGGAACUAAUUUUAAGUUUUAUUUUAUUAUGUUUUCACUGUGUGACAGCUGCAUAUUAAGAUGAAUUUUAGGAUUUAUUUCUGUUUA